AUGUCUCUUAACCCCAUCUUUGCUUUCCCCGAUGAUAUGGUUCUGAACAUGGCCGAUAAUAUUAUUAGGAAGGCCUGCGACCGUUGCCACUCCCAGAAGCUGAGCUGUAAACGUGUUGGUGACGAGGCUUGUGAGCGGUGCAUUAGACUCCAAACCGAGUGCAAGUCGAGUCCCUCUCUUCGCUAUAAGAAGCAGCAGCAGCAGCAGCAGCAGCAGCAGCAACAGCCACAGCAUCAUCAUCAUCAUCAUCAUCAUCAACAACAACAACAACAACAUCAUCAUCAUCAUCAUCAUCAUCAACACCAAUAUCAACAAGAACAACCACCGCAACCGCAAGCACAGCAACAAGCACAGCAACAAGCACAGCACCAGCAGUAUCCGCGGCAGGUCCAAGGACACCCUAAUCCGAAUCAACAGCCGCCACAAGCUCCCCAGCCGCAGGGUCCGGCGGCGGGCAUACAACCCCCGGUUGGUAGACGCUCCCCAAAGAGACGAAGAACUGGCAGUCAGCUGGACCUGGUCGUUGGAGAACAGGACCUUCCUAUACUGCAGCAACCUGAGGAUCCUGGGAAAGAGGUCGUCGUCGCAGGUGAAACAUCACUGGGUCCUGCGGAUCUGGACUUUGCUCAGUUUGAGCAGCUCGGCUUCUUCUCGCCGCCCGCACCAGCACCGCUGCCACAAGGUUCCCUCACUGUGUCGGUGGAAGCGUUCCAACCCAUCACUUCCUUUACGGAGCCGUGGGAUCACCAGCUGAACCAGAGCAACAACGACACGUUUCAUCCAACACGAACAACUUUGCCGGCAGCAGAGAGCAACCAGUUUCAAACGCCGGUUUCGUCAAUCGACCUGAGGGGAGGUAGUAUCCAAGGCCCAAGUGUCAUUGACAAGCGCCGAAGGUCACGGUUCCGCAGCCGACCACGACAGAUUGCCUUGCGUCACGCUGCUCACGCACCAAUACCCAAAUCAAACUCCCCGGACAACAACAACAACAACAACAACAACAUUCACUGGAUGGCGCAACUAUCGGAAAUCAACUCUCGGCUGCUGGACCUUGCCUCUGUUUUGCCUCAACCGCAAGCAGCCGUGUGCAAUAUCCAGGUCCUGGGAAGAGCAGCCGACGAAGCGUACCCAGACCAGGGUGGUUUCCCCAUUGACGAAAUGUUCAAGCUCACUCGGCGGGUGGCCGAUGUUUUGGACCGAUUGUCUGCGUGUGAGCAGCAUGGUUCAGGAGCCGCUUCCAUGGAUAGCUCUGAUCCCGGGAACUCCAUGUUCGUGCUCUCUACAUACGUUCGACUUCUGGACAUGUAUCAAAAGGUCUUCAGUCUGGUUCGCAUGGAGCUGUCGCAGGCCGAUUCCGAGACGUGUUUUCGGUUCUGGAGACUCCCUGAUGUCCAAGUUGGUUCCUUUGCUGUCGAUCCAUCCCCGUCUCUGCAAAUGUCUCUCACCAUACAGCUGGCCGAAGAGUUCCUCGCUCGUCUGCGCGCCGCAACUGCCGCCUUGGAUCCAGCCCUCAACUAUGGCCACAGUCACUCGGCUACUGGUCUCGAAGAUUGCGUAAACGGCAAGUCAAUGUUCUCGGACGUGGUGGGUAUCUCUUACAGAGCAGUCAAGUCCAAGGAAGAGAGCCUUGGGAAGCACCUAGCUGAGCUCCGAGACGAGAUUGAAGCCUUUCUGGAUCACUGA